AUGGCCGAGCUAGCGCUUGCCAUCAUUCCAAUCGGCCUCAAAACGUGUUCUGGGCUAGUGAGCUACCUCGGUAGUAUUAAAGACCGCGAUGACGCUCUUGCUCGCGUGGCUCGCCAGGCCGAGUCCCUGGAGGGCAGCUUCCAACUGCUUGAUGCUCUCUUGAAGCGGAGCCAAUUGAACCCAGCAAUUUCUCAAGUAGUAGACCAUGCCUUGCACUGCUUGAGAAGCUGUGAGGAUGGGUUGAAGGAGUUAAGAGAACUUCAACAGAAACUUUCGUCCCCCGUCACGUCUGACCCAAAAUCCAAAGACAAAUUGAAAGAUGGUUACCGCAAAUUGAGCUACCCCCUGCAGCAAUCUCAACUCAAGCAACUGGGGAGUACAUUAGAUAAUCUCUGCACCCCGCUGAAUCUAGCAAUACAGAACCUACAAUUAGAAAUGCAGCAAUCAACCUCUGAACACUUGGAUCGAAAUACGACGAGGAUACAGCAAACAAACAACGAGGUCUCCAAUAUCUCGACUGCCAUUGUCAGCUUGAACUCCCCCAUUUCGAACAUCCAGUCACAGUUUCCUGUCCUUCAGAACUCAGUCGAUGCGCUAGUCCCACAGAUAAAUUUGAUGAUACAGGCGCAGUUAAGAACACAAAUGGAGGAGAUCAAGCUAUCCUUUCAAGCGGCAGAGUCCGCAGCGGUUUCUCGACGCAGUGCUCAGACAAACGAGUUACUAUCAAAACUACGUAUUGACGAACGCAACCACGAUCCCGCGAUCUACAAAUUGGUAUCCAAGCCAAGUGCUCUUGCCGCAGUAGCAGGUUCAGUCUCGGCCUGUCAAUGUCGAGCAAGGCGGCUCCGUGCCCACCGAUCGGUCAAGCUUGGACCUCUAUAUCUUAAAGACGAUGUGGUUUCCAACAUUCGACACUACAAGAGUUGCGACUUCAAUUUGGAUAAUGCAGAAUACUCGAGAACUCUGACAAUAACAUUUAAUGGCUUCAAUAGACUGAUAAACAGAGCCAUUGAGAUAACCCUCCGUACAAAUAGAGGAGCAGGAGCCUUUGGUAUCAGCCCCUCAAUCACUUCCUUUACCGUGGUUGAUAGAAUGAUAGCCCCGGCUUUUCAAGUUAUCAAUAUCCUCGGGAAGGUCUACCUGUGUCGAUUAAAUGAAGUAUACCAAGAAUCUUUCCUUCGGGAAGCAGUUCGGAAAUUACAGGAGAUCUUUCGCUCUGGAAGGACGAGGCCUACCGAUGUUGAUGAAGACGGCAAUACGCUGCUUCAUGCCUUGAUGGAAGUGGUUGGUUAUAUCGGAAGUCUAGGUCCCGAAUCAACUCCCAAUAACCUUUUUACUCCUGGUCUCCAAGCAUUGGUUGAGUUUCUGACCACCAUAGGGGUCCCUGUGAAUACUGUAAACUCUUCUAAGCUCCUACCUUUAUAUGAAGCUUUUGAGACCCGUUUAAUUCCAGCAUCAAUCGUUAGGGUACUGCUGGUCGAUAACGCAGACACGCCCUACUAUAGGGAGUCUAUCGUAUUUCCUAGGGUUGAUUACAUGGUUCAGAACGACUUCGCUAUUUAUGAACAAGAAACCCCACAGAUCAUAGAAGCACUGUUUGGGCCUUUGGGCGUAGCUAUAAUCCGAAACGACGCAAUUGUAGUAAAUCAACUCCUUCAGAUAUAUCCGGAGAUUCUUGGAGAAUUGAAUAUCGAUGGUCAAACCAAUUGCGGUUUGGCUGUGGACAGACCAGAAGUCUUGAAGGUUAUCGCCAGGCGAGCAACUCCAGCACAAUUGGUUCAGCAGAACGUGAACAUAUGGGAUCAGAUUACUCCUAUGGGGAAAGCAAUAAGGAUCAGCAACGCGAUUUGCGAGACGCAGGGUGGUGCUGAUGAGUCUCUUUGCCCAUGCGUUGCGGCAGUUAAGAUUCUAUUGGAAGCGGAUUGCCCGAUCAUUCCUAGCCGUGACUUCUGGGGUGGCUUUGCAAGGGAGAAAAACUUCUUCUCCAAAGCUUCAACGCACUGCAAGUUUCUGGUAGCUAAGGAGCUACGAAUACGUCGCCGAGAAUUGAGACAAGUGGCGGAAGAGAAUUUACACCCUUCGGAGUAUAGCUGUCUCUACUCGUCGGAAGCAGAGCUCGAUUAUCACGCUAUGGAGUUGGACUCGGAAUUGCGCCGAAAGGGUUUCCUAACCUUUGGACGAUUAUCUGCUACUGGGCCUAGCAGUGAAAGCCGUAUACGGAUGGAGACACCCUUCUAUGCCAGUGUGUAUUCGAACUUGGAAGAACCAGAAGACGCCUCCAUCUUUUGGACCUUAGGCUUUCGCGAUAUUGAUCUUUCAUCUGGAGUCUGGCCACCUCAUAAUGACUGGACAAACCGACGAGCCGAGCGCUUUUCCCACUAUCCGUCACCGGAAUACUCACUCUGGUUGAUUGAACAUUGCCCUAACUUUUGGGAGUUCAUGUGCCACCAUUACGCGCUUGAGGGACCAGAUUAUGUAUUGGCCGACAUCAUUGGAUGCACUAUCUACGAGAAUAGACCGCAUUCAUACACCCAUCCUAGUUGUGAAGAUGACCAUGAGGAAGAGGACUUCGAAACAGCAAGAUAUCUCGACGUUGUAGUGAUGGAGUUCCAAGACUUCGUUCGCAGAGAAGACAAAAUUGUUGAUCAUGGAACCUCGGAUGCUUUUGCAAACGGCGAAAAUAAAUCUGUGAACCAGGACAAAGUCAAUUGCCAACGCAUCCUAGAAUUCUGGAACAAGGUUUGGCCAUCCCGGAUUCGUGCGAUCAAGGAAGAGCUGGCAGCCACUUGGAAUCCUGAUCAAACGGUUCUAGAAGACCUUGGCGUUUCUCUUUGGUAUGAGGAGGAAGUGGAUGAGGAUAAAAAAAUGAUAGAACCUGAACAAAUGAUGAUGCGGUGGGCCGAGGACCUGAAGAGAGAUCUUAGUAUAAUCUAA